AUGGAGGAUGAGAUUGAGCUAAAAACUGCCCCUGCUGAUUUCCGGUUCCCUACAACGAACCAGACUAGGCACUGCUUCACCCGUUACAUUGAGUUCCACAGGUGCACAACUGCAAAGGAUGAGGACUCCAAUGAAUGCGAGAGGUUCGCCAAGUACUACCGUGCUCUCUGCCCUGGAGAAUGGGUUGACAAGUGGAAUGAGCAGAGGGAGACCGGAACUUUCCCUGGUCCUCUCUGAUUCAAGCAACAAGUUUCUCUUUAUCAUUUUAUGCUUAAGGCCAGAAGAAGGUCGUGUGGAUUGAUCAUUGAAAGCUAACUCUAUUUUCUGUUUUAAACGUUUUCUCUCUGAUUAUCAAGAUAAAUAAAUUGAAAAUACAUUCUUUUGGAUUAAUAAAUACUUUAAUUUGGACCUUGAUGCACCAAUUUCAAUUCGC